AUGGCUACUACUUUAACCGAUGCGAGCAGCAGCGACGUGAUCUCUCCCGCGGAGCUUGACGUGGUUAGACCGGUCCCCACGCGCCACGACCGAGAAACUGGUCGCGACCCCAUGCGUGUCAAAAUAUUCGACACGACGCUCCGCGACGGCGAGCAAAGCCCCGGGUGCACCAUGACGGCGGAAGAAAAACUGCAGGUAGCAAAACAGCUUGCCAAGCUAGGGGUAGACGUGAUCGAGGCCGGUUUUCCCAUCGCCAGUACCGGAGACUUCGAUGCGGUCCGGCGGAUCGCGGAAUCGGUCGGUAACAUGGAGAACCCCCCCAUUAUUUGCGGUCUGGCGCGCGCUUUGAAAAAGGACAUUGAGACCUGCUGGAACGCGGUCAAGUACGCUGCCUUUCCGCGUAUCCACACCUUCAUCGCCACCAGCGACAUCCACAUGCUCCACAAGCUCAAGAAAAGCCGAGAGGAGGUGUUGGGUAUCACGCGGGAGAUGGUCACCUAUGCCCGGUCUCUGUGUGAGGACGUGGAAUUCUCCGCGGAAGACGCCCUUCGCUCCGACCCCGCGUUUCUUUACCAAGUGUACUCGGUGGCGGUGGAGGCGGUCGAGUGCACCAUCAACGGUAUCGGAGAGCGGGCGGGCAAUGCGGCCUUGGAGGAGAUUGUCAUGGCCUUGCACGUCCGCAAGUCCUUCUACAACCCUCGGUAA